AUGUCUGACCAAACUCGAGGAGCCGAAGGUGAAAGAGUUGCUGAAGUUGAGGAAAUAAUCAAAUUCUCUGACUUGCACAUUCUGUCUGACGAUGAACUACUAACACUGAUGUAUGGCAUCUCCUGCAACUCAUUGUCCCUUGACCCACCCUGUGAUUCCAACAUUGCAUUAAAGUGGCCUCUGGAGUUACUGUUAUCAUCCCAAUACAAACCUACCAACAACACUGCCCUACCUCCUGAGGCCACAAAACAAUCUGACUUGUGGUGUUAUCCACAAGCCCCUCCUUACAUGCUAAACCCACUUCCUGAUGAUCGGUUCUCGUCGCCAGUAUCGCCCCAAUUUGUCAAUGGCAAGGCUAUGCUAAAGUCAAUUCCUGGCAUGGUUAAAAUGGAAAUGGGUAUUCCCUAUGUCUAUGAGAUCUGUGGGGACCCUGGAAAGAUUGUUACUGGUAGGACUGAUUCCAAGGGGCUUGGCUUCAGCUCGUGCACUGCGCCCCUUACCCGAGUAUGUGCCCUUAACUUCGGAAUGACGUCCGGAGAAAGUCCAAGGAAGUCCGAAGGACUUCCGGAGAAGCGUGGGAAACUUUGGAAGGACUUUCCGGACGAGUGCGAGAAACUUCCGGAUGAGUGCAGGAAAGUUCCGGAGGAACUUCCGGAAAUUACGAUGGAGUUUCGUCCUGACGGGGAUAUGUGUAAUGGCUACUCAGGACAAGUCCUGAGUAGAAGGAAACAGAGGAAAGGCUGCAAGGACAAAGUCCGAAGCAGAAUAGGUCCGGAGGACCGCGGGAAAGUUCCGGAAGAACUUCCGGAAACUUGGAGGAUCGGAGGAAUGGUGGAUCGGAGGAGUGGAGGAGCAGAGGAGCAGAGCUCCGGCCUAGGGAAUUCCUCCCUAGGCCUGAGAUGGAUAAUUACUAAGUCGGAGGAAUAGAACUGUUACGAGGACUUAGUGUGAAGACUAGUGCGAGGACUAAUAUGUGUAAUAUUCAGACUAAGGAAGUACAAAGAUUCUACAGGGUUUAUAUACUAC